UUUGUGUUUUGUAGAGAAAAUAUGUGCGACAAAAGAUAAUGGGCAACGGAGGAGUUGAGAGUUGAAAGGGGAUACAAGAAGCUUCUUCACUGAACCCUGCAAUAAACUCGCCUCCUCCUGCUGCCGCUACAUUAGAAUCAAUCAAGUUCGGAAAAUUGAGUCAUUUGGUCAGUGACACCAAGAGAGGGGCUUCUCAAAAUGUCCGCUUCUUAUAUGUUCUCUGCUUCUCCCAGGCUUGCUGCUUUCAUUUCCCCCACUUCUCUUAAGGGUAAGUCGUGGUCUUCAAUAUCAAGCAGUUGCAUGUUAACUGUCAAUACAAACAAUGGCUAUAGAAAUUCUAGGAAAAAAACUAUUUGCGCCAUAAAUAUGACUGCUGGAGGGUUGGGUGAACCGAUGAAAGCGAAGUUAGACCAUAUAAGUCAAAAGGCAAGAUCAAUUUGGGAUAGUUCACCUCAGCCAGUGAAGAGUUUCCCCUGGAACAAAGCUGCUGAAAGCUUCAUACAGCUUAUUAUUGACUUGGUAUUGGCAGUAAUGAAGUAUUUAAGUAUACCUGUAUUGGCGAUUUCCUCCUUAAGUGAGAUGUCUUACUGCGCUCAUGAAAGAAAGCUAUUUCUUAUACCAAUUCCUAUUCUAGUUGGUGUUGCUUUGGCGGGAAUCCUAAAAGAGACAGCCUUGGAACUAUCUCCACUUCUUAAGAUGCUUUGGCUGAUGAUCCGCAUCCGGACUGCUAAUGUUUUUCCUUUAUUUCCAGCAAGCAGAAGUUCCCUGGCAUCUGGUUGCUGUAGCAAUUUUCUUCACGUUGAUUAAAUUGCCAGGUCCCUAUUAUCCGUACUGGGGCCGCAUUUUAAUUCCACAUAUUGCAAAUGGGGGAUUACUGAGAACUCUAUGGUUUGCAUUUCUGUGGUAUAGAAGACCCAAAAAAGCAGCGGCAAACAUACCAGAGUCCGUAGUCGACAACUUCCCCGAACAAAAUUCAAUCUAAGUAUGCAAACAAAAGUAUUUGAGUGGUAGUGGGAGUCUAGUCCUCAGAGGUGCUCAGCAAAAAUAUGCAGAUUGUGUUGCUAGAAAACACUGAAAUUUGUAAUGUUGUUUUCUGUGUAGGAACUUGUUAUCACUGAUCUUAGCUAUCUCUGUCCUACAGAGAAUUCGAGUGUAUUGGCUGGCAGUUUUAUGUUUCUUCAAUGAGCUAAAUAUUGUGGCA